AUGGAAACGCAGCACUCCCAGGGAUUUAAGAGAAAGAAGCUGACGCCCAAAUCUGUGAGGAAUGUUCCGGCACGCUCCAGAGGAGCUCAGUACAGCUAUGCCUCUCUCUCUCCUCACUACGCCACAUGGAAAAACACACUCUGUAACGCUGCCAUGCCACCAGAGGAAAUGGUCAAGGAUCAAAAGAAUACACUGAUAAAACAAGGAAACCAGCCAGACGGAGGGCAGAUGAAUUGGAAUAUUGAAAGACGGAGUUUGCCGGGACAUUCUGACUGUGACACCAUUCAAAUCGUCUUUCAUUUUGAUGAUGGAAUCCAGUCGGACAAGCAUCCUCACCCAGGACACAGCUACAAGGGCACUGAAUUUGUGGCCUACCUGCCUCAGAACACCACAGGGACCAAGAUCCUCCGGCUACUGGAGCAGGCCUUCGAACAUAAGUUGCUGUUCACUGUGGCGGCCAAUAGCAGCGGUGAAUACUGUGUGAUGCCUGCAGAUAUACCCCUCAAGACUCUGGACAGCGGGGGACCUGGAAGCUUGGGCUAUCCAGAUCCAACGUACUUGAAAUCAGUGAGGAAAAGUCUCAAGGUAAAGGGGAUCAAAUGAGAGAGAAUGGACUACUAAUACUACAACUGUUGAUUCCAAACCUCAUCAUGACCCUGCAUGAUGAAGAUAUGGAUAUGGUGAUGGCAUGAUUACAUGGAGUUUGACAUGUCCAAAUCUACAGAACCUGGUCAAGGCUGAUCAAUUUGAGAAUGAGGACCUUUAUAUGCUGAAACCGAGUUGCA